AAAAUGGUGGCCAUGGAGUGGCCUUAGGAGGGUCGGUCCUUGGGUGGCUGCUGGAACUGAAGCCGAGUGCCGGGGCUACCUCGCUCCUUCUCCCCGGUGUUCUUGGGACAAGGCCCCAAGGGAAUCUUGGAAACAAUCAUGAGAAUGUCUGAUGUUGAGGAAGCUACGGAUCAACUCUUGGAUGUGAAUCUUGAGGAAAACCAGGGGUUGAUAAAAGUGGCCCAUAGUGAGCCUGAAAGUGAUUCUGAAGAUCUCCUGGUUACUAUUGGGGCCACUGUACCCACUGGCUUUGAGCAAACAGCAGCCGAUGAAGUGAGAGAAAAGUUGGGGUCAUCGUGCAAAAUCAGCAAAGAUCGGGGCAAGAUCUACUUUGACAUUUCAGUGGAAAGUCUGGCGCAGGUUCACUGUCUGAGAUCAGUGGAUAACUUGUUUGUGGUUGUUCAAGAAUUUAAAGAUUACCCGUUUAAAGAGACAAAGGAAGAUGUUCUAAAGGAUUUUGAAGAAUUGGCUGGGAAACUUCCAUGGUCAGACCCUUUAAAAGUAUGGAAAAUUAACACCAAUUUCAAGAAAAGAAAAACAAAGCGUAAGAAGAUUAACCAAAAUAAAGAAACGAAUAAAGAAAAGCUCAAAAAUGGGCAAGGAGACCAAAUAGAAGAGAAAGAUGGGAAGAAAUCUGAGAACGAGCCCUCAGAUGCCCAAUUCUUAGAUUAUUAUGAAAAUCCAGCCAUCAAAGAAGACGUAGCGACACUGGUUGGUGAUGACUCGACCUCUUGCAAAGAAGACACUGAUGAGAGCCCCAAAGAAGAAACUCAGCCGGAGGUGCUGAAAUUUAGAGUCACCUGCAACAGGGCAGGAGAGAAACACUGCUUUACUUCUAAUGAGGCUGCAAGAGACUUUGGGGGUGCCGUUCAAGAUCAUUUUAAGUGGAAAGCAGACAUGACCAACUUUGAUGUGGAGGUUCUUUUGAAUAUCCACAAUAGCGAAGUUAUUGUGGGCAUUGCAUUGACAGAAGAAAGUCUUCACCGAAGAAAUAUCACCCAUUUUGGACCCACAACUCUUAGAUCUACUCUUGCUUAUGGGAUGCUCAGGCUCUGUGCUCCUCAGCCCACAGACAUAAUAGUCGAUCCGAUGUGUGGAACCGGGGCAAUACCAAUAGAGGGGGCUACUGAAUGGUCAAAUUGUUACCAUAUUGCUGGUGAUUACAACCCAAUGGCUGUCAAUCGAGCAGCAAAUAACAUCUCAUCUUUGUUGAGCAAGAGCAAAGUUAAAGAAGGUGACCCAUCCUGGGGCCUGCCCAUAGAUGCUGUUCAGUGGGACAUCUGCGACCUGCCUCUGAGGACUGGCUCUGUUGAUAUCAUUGUCACAGAUAUGCCCUUUGGGAAAAGGAUGGGUUCCAAGAAGAGGAACUGGAACCUGUACCCAGCCUGCCUACGAGAGAUUAGCCGAGUCUGUCGACCUGGGACAGGUCGAGCCGCGCUCCUUACUCAAGACAAGAAAUGCUUCGCCAAGGCAUUAUCUGGAAUGGGCCACGUUUGGCGGAGGGUCCAAACUGUCUGGGUCAACAUUGGGGGUCUCCAUGCUGCAGUGUAUCUCCUCAAACGGACAUCUCAAGCUUAUGUUCAUCCUUCAGUACAAGACGGAGAAAAAACACCGUGGUAAUAAAAAGAUUUUUCAUAUAUGUAUGUACUUCCUAACUGUAAAUGUACAAACAUGAGGAACUUGGUUUGCGAGAAAAUUAGUAUUAAGGGAAAUGCGGUUUUGACUCACCUGAAGCUCUUCUACCUGGGCCAGCAGGUAUUUUGGAGAUGGGAACAUACUGUGAUAUAACCAUGUCCUAGGAGAGAGCUGCUGCUUUGCUUUUUGGGAAUGUUUUGAAUGAGUCACUGGGAAAUCGGUUCUUUGCUUGAAAUGCUUUCAAGAUGUCUCAUGAAAAGCUGAUAUAAUUCCCUGGGAUUUGGGUUUAGAACAUUUUAUUUUUAGGCUUUAUUAACAGUUGGAAAGGUACCCUGGACCAAUGAAAAGGCAGAGAACAUAAUUAGAUCUUAAGCCACAUCUCAUUGCCUAUGCAGCUUUGCUAGUUAACAGCUAACUAGUUCUUUUUCCCCCCAGUCUUGGAAAAUAAGACAUUAUUAUGUGUUGUGAAUAGUGGCUCAUGAAAAGAUGAAAUCUCGUAAGACCUGUAGGAAACUUUUCCAUUUGCCUUAAG